UCUGUCUGUCUGUCUCUCUCUCUCUCUCUCUCUCACACACACACAGAGGUAGCUCAGAGCUCCCUCUAUGGCGUUGUUUUCAACAGCAAUCAAACGCACUCUCCUCUCAACUCUACCCACCAAACACCACUCUCUCUCCACUGCCUGGUCAUCGGCACCACCCUCCGAUCAAACCCUAGUCUCAGCCGCAGUCUCCAUCCUCAAACACCACCGAUCCAAAUCCCGGUGGAACCACCUCCGCACUCUCACCCCCACCGCCGGCUUUAGCCCCUCCCAAGUUUCCCAAAUCACCCUCCAACUCCGCAACAACCCGCGCCUUGCCCUUCGCUUCUUUCAAUUUACCCUCCAACACUCUCUCUGUUCUCAUUCUCUCUCCUCCUAUGCCACCAUCAUCCACAUUCUCUCUCGUUCGCGCCUCAAAUCUCAUGCCCAAACCCUUAUCCAAUCCGCUAUUCGUAAAUUCCAAGACACCCAUUUGUUUGAUUCCUCAGACCCGCCUCCAAUUUUUGAAACUUUGAUCAGAACAUAUAGAGCUUGUGAUUCAGCACCCUUUGUGUUUGAGUUACUAAUCAAAGCUUGUUUAGAAUCAAAAAGAAUUGAUCAGUCCAUUCAAAUUGUUAGAAUGUUGAGGUCCAAGGGUAUACAUCCAAGAAUUAGUACUUGCAAUUCUUUAAUCGAGUCAAUUAUAAAGAUUCAAGGUUGUUAUGCUGGAUAUGAUAUGUUUAGGGAGGUUUUUGGGCUUGAUGGUGAAAGUGGAAAUGACAAUGGGAGUAGGGUUAAGGGUGUUGUUCCGAAUGUGUAUACCUUCAGUAUAAUUAUGGUUGGUUUUUAUAGAGAUGGGUUGGUGGAGGAUGUGGAAAAGGUUUGGAGUGAAAUGGCGAAUAUGAACUAUGAGCCAAAUGCUUAUUGUCAUAGUGUGUUGAUGGAGGCAUAUUGUGACGAUGGGAGGAUAGAGGAUGCUAUGAGCGUGUGGGAAGAAAUGGGAUUUAAGGGUGUGAAGCAUGAUGUCGUGUCUUAUAAUACUAUAAUUGGCGGGUUUUGUAGGAUUGGGGAAAUGGGGAGGGCUGAGGAGUUUUUCAGGGAGAUGGAGUUGAGUGGUGGGGUGGAUGGUACUUGUGUCACUUUUGAGCAUCUCAUCAAUGGAUAUUGUAAGAUUGGGGAUGUAGACUCUGCAAUUCUCUUGUAUAAGGAUAUGUGUAGGAAAGGUUUUAGGCCGGAGAGUUCAACAAUUGAUGCUGUGAUUAGGGGGCUAUGCGAUAAGAACAGCGUUUCUGAAGCUCUCGACUUCCUGAGGGUUGCAGUGAAAAAACAUGACAUUGUUCCAAAGGGGAAGAGCUAUGAGGGUCUGAUCAAGGGUUUGUGUCUUGAGGGGAGGAUGGAAGAAGCAUUGAAGCUUCAGCGUGAGAUGAUAGGAAAAGGGUAUGAACCAAACUCAGAGAUAUAUUUUGCUUUUAUUGAUGGAUAUACAAAGAAAGGGAAUAAGGAGUUGGCUAAAAAGUUGAGGAAGGAAAUGCUUGAAACUCGAACUCCUCAGGAAGAGAGUUAGAUAUAGGUUUUCUUAUCUUAGACUAUCUCAGUCCUCAAGGGAACUGCAUUGUUAGCAGAGUGAUGCCUCUGGAAAACCAAAGCGUCUUGUUGAAUUGAAGCUGGUCUGUUUCAAACCGAGAUUGAUGAUGAAAAUCCUCUUUGGAGCAAUUUGCCAGCCUCAAAUUCCAUCUUGCACCAAUGUAUCUCCUUUAUAAUGCAUUGCAACUCAACCAUAUGAUUCGGACUGCAUAGAAUUAGCUGUGGUACUGGUACAUGUGCUAUGAGAGUGACUCAGAAUAAACUAUAUUAUCUCCCUUUGGAGAUGAAAGAUUAUGUCAGUUCUAUAUUCGUGCCACUAGUGGUAAUUUAUCCUUCUAUCUACCUUUUGGUGUGUUUAGUUUAGACAAUUCCUUCUUUGACUUGUUCUGUUAAUUUUUCGAGUGGUUUGAGUUUGUUUAAUGAGUAAUGCUAGAUUGACCAAAAAAGGGGGUAAAAAACAAGGACCAAAUGAUGUGGCGCUGAUGUUUUGAUGCUUUUGGUCCCUCUUUUAGUCAUUUAAAAUUCAAAUUUUAUUCACCAUAUCAGAGCCACAACAUUUGAUCCUUAUUUUUGGUCUCUAUUUUUUGGUCAGUAUAGCAUUACUGUUAUUUAAUUCUGUUGGAGUAAGCUUUGCAAUUGAUUCCUUAUAAAUCUUCAUCAUAGUCUUGUCCACUAUAAGGUUUCCUAGACAGGGUUUAGAUAUUUUAUCAAUACGCAUUAAACAAGAGAUAGAUUUUUGUCUCAGGACAUAAUGCUACCAUAUGUGUUCAUUGUUUGGCAAGAUUCAUUAAGUUGCUCAAUGUUCUAAUUGUGUAGGUCUUGAAACUCUAGUCAACCAGGUAUUCUUAGAGCUUACGUAUCAAGCUCCAUGCCAUAGAAGCGCAUGCAUAGGUAUUUGAUGAUUUGUAGAUUAUGCUUUCAGAUAACUUUAGUCUCUCAAAUAUACUGACAAGUGCAUUAGCAUACUCACUGCUAUGUCUUGGUGCUAUGUUGCAUUAUAUUUUUUUGGAUCCUAGUGUUCUACCUAAGCAUGGCGAUCUGUUUUCGCUUAAACUUCUCCCCUCAAAAAUAUAUUUGACGUGUGAUUAACGUGCGAAGGUUUUCUGUUUUGUGAGCACAUCUUCAAAAUUUUCACCAGGCUUGAGACAGAUAAAACUUAAAAAUGAGAUUUUUUUGCAGUUUUCUUCGAUUGCAAUAUGUUCACUGGUAGAUAGCUAAUUUUUAAUGAUAAUAUCAGGUUUGAUUUCCACAGGGAAUUGUUUUCUGCAAAAUGGAAAUUGUUAAAGGUUUCUAGAGCAUGGCUGGGGAGAGGGAAAUUUAAAUGUACAGCAGAAUGCUAUGGUAGUAAAUUGGAGGUGUGUGAAUUCAGAGGGUGAUUCUUAGCCAACAUUCAAUGGGUGAUGCUGAGGUCAGUAGUGGU